GCUUGCUUCAGCGGGCGGAGCAGAUGGUGGUUGCCUUUGGUCCUCAGCGAGAAACGGACUGUAUGGACGCCACGAAACUGCAUCCUGAGGUGCGAGGCCGGAAGCGGGGACCACUUGAACCUGAAAGUCUAGAAGAUCCAGGUUCCCGGUGGGGAAGGCGUGCCGGGGCGUCAGGCGCACGGGACCCGGGAGCAGAUCACUUUAAAUUUGGAUCAUCAUUUAAAUACUUUAAGUGAUCUUGUUUUAUUUUGCUCAUGACACUUUAUUAGCUACCUGGUCAUUUUUGUGUCUGAAUUCAUCAAGUAAAAUACACGCUUCAGUUUUGAUGCUGUGGGUGACCUGCAGGAGAGGCCCAGGACUUGGAGAGGGUGAAGGAAGACGUGGUGGGAGCUGAGGAGCUGCAGGCCUCACCUGCCCAUGCCAGUAAGGAUGACUGGGAAUGUACACAGGAACGAGCUGUCUGUUUUGUGAUGGCGCUUAGCAUGUGCUGACGUACUGCUCUGCGAUGGCAUCGGAGACGGAGAAGUCUCAUGCUUUACUCCAGUCCUGCAGCACUGAAUCUCUUCUUUCCAGCCUUGGUCUGGGCUUAUUCUGCGCAGUAGCUGACAGACUUCUUCAGUUUCCCAUAAUUCAACAAAAUGCCUGGCUUCGUGCACUUUCAGAUAACUCAGUACACUGCGUGAUCGGCAUGUGGUCAUGGGCAGUAGUCAUUGGAAUCAGGAAGAAGACUGACUUUGGAGAAAUCAUUUUAGCUGGGUUUUUAGCCUCUGUUAUUGAUAUAGACCACUUUUUGCUAUCUGGAUCCCUGUCUUUAAAGGCUGCUCUGAGUCUUCCACGACGCCCUUUCCUUCACUGUUCUACUGUGAUCCCCACUGUGGUUCUGACCCUAAAGUUUACAAUGCACUUUUUCAAGCUCAAAGACUCAUGGUGCUUUCUUCCCUGGAUGUUAUUUAUAUCCUGGACCUCACACCACAUCCGAGAUGGAAUUCGCCAUGGCUUGUGGAUAUGCCCAUUUGGAAAAACUUCUCCUUUGCCAUUUUGGCUUUAUGUAAUAAUCACAUCAUCUCUACCUCACAUCUGUUCACUCGUUAUGUAUUUCACAGGGACCAGACAAAUGAUGUCUUCAAAACAUGGAAUUCAUAUUGAUGUGUGAGAUAACCACAUGGCAGUCUUUGAGAACCACUGGUUGAGACAAUGACAACCAACAUUAAAGUGAAUUUAAAACACAUAUUAGGUACUUAUAUUAAUUAUUGUAAUUCCUAAAUCCUCUUGCUCAGGAGGCAUGUACAUUUCUUAAAAAAUUAUCUGUAUUUGUUGUAUUCCUUUCUUCUAUAACACUGUAGUGUAAUAUCAGAGUUUCAUUCACUCCGUGGUAUAUUUGAUUAUUUCUUUUGUUUAUCUGGCUUUACUAAUGUUAUUAGAUUAACAUCCAAUUAAGUUUUCUGGAAAUAUACCUUUAAGGUAAUUCAUUUCCUGAUGAAAAACAGCUCAAAUUUUAGGAUAAUUAAUUUGUGGAACGUUAGCAUGUUAUUUGGAUCCAAGUUUUCCUGAGAUAUUGAAACAAUAAAAUGGGCAAAGUAAAUGAGAUUAUGAAUAAGAUGUAUAAUGAAUGCUAGCGUUUCUUCACUUCAUCUGUUUUGAUCCUGACUCAUUUGCCAAGUGCUUUAGUGAGUUGUGAUUACGGGCAGAAACUGCUUUAGUGCACUUACAAUAUUCUUAAAAGACAAUAGCAUCAGACCUAGUUAUUGUUUCAGAAAUAACUUUGGGAAAUUAUUAUAAUAUGUUGGCUGUAGUAACAGUCUACUGAAGUAUGAUUUUUCAGUAUCUUUGCCCUCAAAUCUCAUGUGUUGGAGUUUUAACUGUUUUGAAAAACAUAGCUAAACUUAACAAAAUAUUUGUUUAAAGUUAACAUUAACAAAAUAUUGAUACUUGACCCAUCACAGUAGAAUUCACAAGAAAGGACCUAACCAAUAAUGUCAUUUCAAAUGUAAGCUCCUGAAUGUGCCAUUAAAAUUGCUUUAGUUGCUAUCAAUUUGUUUAUAUGCUAUUCUAAAAUCUAUACCAGCUAAAUCAUUUUUUUAAAAUUUGCCUGAUACUGAGAGACAAUUUUUUUCCCCCCAAAAAAGGAGUAUUAAGAGAUUGGCUUUUUCCUCUGUUCUUUAAGUUGAUCUUCUGUUAAAAAUGAUUAACCUUCAUUGGAGAAGGAAAAUUGAGUUGCUGUAAGUUUUACAUUUGCAGUUUAAUGUUACUUUGAUAUAAGUCAGUGUCCCCAAAGCACCUGUUUUUGUUUUUGUAGCAUUUGUACUAGCUGCUGUCUUCAGAUUUUCUUACACGUUUGAGUUUGUCAUGCUGGUGAUUUUGUGCCUUAAUCUCUGAGAAGUGAUGAAGCAAUGCCUUAUCCAAAGCAGAUUUUUCUUACUAAGUUAAACAGAGUUCUGUAAAUUGUUAUAAAGGGUCAGGCUGUUUAGUUUUUCUUCUUUUUGUUAACUAAUUGGUUGCAAUCUGUUGUACUUUAUAAAAUAAUUCACCCUUACAACCCAUUCUUGUCUUUCCAGAGCAGUUACUGUGUCAAUUUGGUUGGUUUAAUAGUAUACAUUAUAUAGUGGGGGUAAAUUGAUUAAGGUAGAGAUUUUUUAAAAGCAUAUGAUUUUAGAAAUCCAUGGAAAUAAAGUUAUCUUGUGUAAUUUUUCUGACUGAAUUACAAAA